ACAAAAGGCGGCGGCGGCGGCGCGAGCGGGGCCGGAGCGGCAGCGGAGCGGGGCGGGAGCGGCCGAGCGGGGCCCAGACUAAGUAGCCAUGUCAGCCAAAGCCAUCUCUGAGCAGACAGGGAAGGAGUUCUUGUACAAGUACAUCUGCACGUCCUCUGCCAUCCAGAACCGCUUCAAGUAUGCCCGGGUCACAGCAGCCACAGACUGGGCACGGCUCACCCAGGACCACCCCUGGCUCCUGAGCGAGCGUUUGGUGGUGAAGCCAGAUCAGCUCAUUAAGAGACGUGGGAAGCUGGGACUGGUUGGGAUUAACCUCACCCUGGAUCAGGUCAAGGCUUGGCUCAAGCAGCGCCUGGGCCAGGAAACCACGAUUGCUAAUGCCAAGGGAAUCCUGAAGAACUUUCUGAUUGAACCCUUUGUCCCUCACAAACAGGAGGAAGAGUUCUAUGUGUGCAUCUAUGCUGCCCGUGAGGGGGACUAUGUGCUCUUCCACCACGAAGGGGGUGUGGAUGUGGGAGAUGUGGAUGCCAAGGCUCAGAAGCUGCUCGUGGCAGUGGAUGAGAAGCUCAGUGAAUCAGAUGUGAAGAAGCAUCUCCUGCAGCAUGCACCAGCUGACAAGAAGGACAUCUUGGCCAGCUUCAUCUGUGGCCUGUUCAACCUUUAUGAAGAUCUGUAUUUUACAUACCUGGAGAUCAAUCCAUUAGUGGUCACCAAGGAUGGUGUUUACAUCCUUGAUCUGGCUGCGAAGAUCGACGCCACGGCUGACUACAUCUGCAAAGUGAAGUGGGGGGAUGUGGAGUUCCCCCCUCCUUUUGGCAGGGAAGCUUACCCUGAGGAAGCCUACAUUGCUGACCUGGAUGCCAAGAGUGGGGCCAGCCUGAAGCUUACCAUCCUGAACCCCAAAGGCAGGAUCUGGACCAUGGUGGCUGGUGGUGGUGCCUCAGUGGUGUACAGUGACACCAUUUGUGACCUGGGGGGUGUCAAUGAGCUGGCAAACUAUGGGGAGUACUCAGGAGCCCCGAGUGAGCAGCAGACCUACGACUAUGCUAAAACCAUCCUCUCCCUCAUGACCCGAGAGAAGCACCCAGAAGGGAAGAUCCUGAUUAUUGGAGGCAGCAUUGCGAACUUCACCAAUGUAGCAGCCACCUUUAAAGGCAUUGUGAGGGCAAUUAAGGAUUACCAAGGCCCUCUGAAGGAGCAUGAGGUGAGGAUCUUUGUACGAAGAGGAGGCCCCAACUACCAGGAAGGUUUACGUGUCAUGGGAGAAGUUGGGAAGACCACGGGGAUCCCCAUCCACGUGUUUGGCACGGAGACCCACAUGACAGCCAUCGUGGGCAUGGCCCUGGGCCACCGGCCCAUCCCCAACCAGCCUCCAGCUGCAGCCCACACUGCCAACUUCCUGCUCAACGCCAGUGGCAGCCCCUCGACUCCAGCCCCGAGCAGAACUGCCUCCUUCUCUGAGUCCAAACCAGAUGGCAUUGCUCCAGCUAAGAAGGCAAAACCAACAGCACCUCUUGAUUCAAUCCCAGCCUCGAGACCUGGUUCAGGUAAAGCCACAACCCUGUUCAGCCGUCACACCAAGGCCAUUGUGUGGGGGAUGCAGACCAGGGCUGUCCAAGGAAUGCUGGACUUUGAUUAUAUUUGCUCCAGGGAUGAGCCUUCAGUGGCUGCCAUGGUUUAUCCCUUCACUGGUGACCACAGGCAGAAGUUCUACUGGGGCCACAAGGAAAUCCUGAUCCCAGUCUACAAGAACAUGUCAGAUGCCAUGAGGAAGCACCCAGAGGUGGAUGUUCUCAUCAACUUUGCGUCCCUGCGCUCUGCCUAUGACAGCACUGUUGAAACCAUGAAUUAUCCUCAGAUCCGCACCAUUGCCAUUAUUGCCGAGGGCAUUCCGGAGGCCCUGACACGCAAACUGAUCAAGACAGCUGAUAAAAAGGGAGUCACCAUCAUUGGGCCUGCCACUGUUGGUGGGAUCAAGCCAGGUUGCUUUAAAAUAGGCAACACAGGAGGCAUGCUGGAUAACAUCUUGGCAUCGAAGCUGUACCGCCCUGGCAGCGUGGCCUACGUGUCCCGCUCUGGAGGGAUGUCCAACGAGCUCAACAACAUCAUCUCCCGCACCACUGACGGGGUCUACGAGGGGGUGGCCAUUGGAGGGGACAGAUAUCCUGGUUCGACUUUUAUGGAUCAUGUCUUGCGUUAUCAGGAUACUCCAGGAGUGAAGAUGAUUGUAGUUCUGGGGGAGAUUGGAGGCACAGAAGAGUACAAGAUCUGCAGGGGUAUUAAAGAGGGCCGGAUCACCAAGCCAGUGGUGUGCUGGUGCAUUGGUACCUGUGCCACCAUGUUCUCCUCAGAGGUGCAGUUUGGCCAUGCAGGAGCUUGUGCCAACCAGGCCUCUGAAACUGCUGUAGCAAAGAACAAAGCCUUAAAGGAAGCUGGAGUGUUUGUUCCCCGGAGCUUUGAUGAGCUGGGAGAGGUCAUUCAGUCUGUGUACCAGGAUCUUGUGGCCAAAAGAGUGAUUGAACCAGCUGAGGAAGUGCCUCCUCCCACUGUGCCAAUGGAUUACUCCUGGGCAAGGGAGCUGGGGCUGAUCCGCAAACCUGCUUCCUUCAUGACCAGCAUCUGUGACGAGCGAGGCCAGGAGCUGAUCUAUGCUGGGAUGCCCAUCACUGAGGUCUUCAAAGAGGAGAUGGGCAUUGGAGGGGUUCUAGGCCUGCUCUGGUUUCAGAGGAGGUUACCCAGGUACGCCUGCCAGUUCAUUGAGAUGUGCCUGAUGGUGACAGCAGACCACGGGCCAGCCGUGUCUGGAGCACACAACACCAUUGUCUGUGCCAGGGCUGGCAAAGAUCUGGUUUCAAGCCUCACUUCAGGCCUUCUUACAAUUGGUGACCGGUUUGGGGGAGCACUUGAUGCUGCAGCCAAGAUGUUCAGCAAAGCUUUUGACAGUGGGAUUAUCCCCAUGGAAUUUGUGAAUAAGAUGAAGAAAGAAGGGAAGCUGAUCAUGGGCAUUGGACACAGAGUGAAAUCAAUAAACAACCCUGACAUGAGAGUUCAGAUUCUCAAGGACUACGUGAAGCAGCACUUCCCUGCCACUCCGUUGCUGGACUACGCGCUCGAAGUAGAAAAAAUCACAACUUCCAAGAAACCAAACCUUAUCCUGAAUGUAGAUGGCUUUAUUGGAGUGGCCUUUGUUGAUGUGCUCAGGAAUUGUGGCUCCUUCACACGGGAAGAAGCAGAUGAAUAUAUUGAUAUAGGAGCUCUCAAUGGCAUCUUUGUGCUGGGCAGGAGUAUGGGAUUCAUUGGGCACUACCUGGACCAGAAGAGAUUGAAGCAGGGUCUGUACCGUCACCCUUGGGAUGACAUAUCCUACGUCCUACCAGAGCACAUGACCAUGUGAGAAGCUGCUGGUGGCCUUGGGGUGCACCAGGACAGAAACCUGGCCAGGGGACAGCCACAGUGGGACUGUGAUGUGUAAAGAUGAUUAUUGGGACAGAGACGUCGAGCUGCCUGGUCAAACUGUGCAAAGCGACUGUUUUAUAAGGAUAGAAACUUACUCUAAUAAAACCAAAACUUGUGCUAUUCCCUCUGUUACCUGCUGUAUUUAAUACCGUCUCUCACACUUUUAUUUUUUUCUAUUCUCAUUUCAUUUUGUUUCCAGAAGUGAUUAUUUAGGGUUUGGGGGGUAGAGUUUGGCUCAUAGGGAUGCCUUACUGAACUCUGGUAACAAGCUGUACCUUUCCCAUGAGGGGAACGUGCCUGUCAUUCCAAUAAGCCAUCACUCUGGAUUUUUUUUUUUUUUUGGUCAUCUGUUGUUUUUCAAUUUGUUUACCAUGUUCUUAUCCUUGGUCUGAUUGUACCUGAAUCCUGGGACCACUGCUAAAGUAUAACCAAUGUUACUUAAGCUGGUGUAGUAAUUUAAAGUGUAAAGUUGUAACAUACUGCUGUGAAAACUGUGAAAUCCCUGUACUCCAGUGUCUGUAUUUAUGCAAACAACCUCUCCUUUCCUCUGACUGCUGCUCUGUGCACUGUCACUCAUGUAAUCUGCAGCUGCAAAAAUAUCUCAGUAAUAAUUUCAGUGUCCUCCUUGUCUGUGUACUGUAACCAAACGCAAAUAAAUACACAUUACUAAUUUA